AAUGGCGGUAACAUUGACAAUACCAACGGCGGUCCUGCUCCAGGGGCUCUCGAUUCACUCACUCUCGGCCAGUUGAAACAGAUGGUCACGUCCGCGCCGAAGCCCAAGGAGCAAUUAUAUGACUUUAAGUAUGAAGAUGAAGAUACGGUGAUGAGCGAGAUUGAUGAGUUCUUUUCGUACGUCGAGGCACCGCAGUUUGGAGAGAACUUGAAGGCUUGGGAAGGUUCUUUUCCUGGAGAGUGGACGAAGAGUCCGUUUGAGAAGCGGAAGAAGCACGUUGAUCUGUUAUUGGAGAGUCUUGAACAUAAGGACGCGGUAAUCAGGUUCACGAAUGCGAGAAGGUUGUUCUAUGUUGUUCAAGGGACCUUCGCUGAGACGAGUUCUCCUGAGCAUCAACUGCAUUGGGUCAUUGAGAACUGCAAGACCGUCUGUGUCGCAAAUGGUAUCAGCGUCGUUGUGGAAGCUAUCAAGAUCGCAAACUCGAAGCACGAUCUUCUUAGUUCGCUAAGCGACGGAGACUGUUACCGAUUCAACAUCAGCCCUCAGGAUAGGCAAGACUGUAUUGAAGAAGUAAACACCGAGCUAUCUGUUUACUUUGGUAUACUGUACUUCUUGAUUGAGGUACUGAAAGAUAGCGAUGAGUUUGCCGAGGAGUUGAUGAGCCUGGAUCCUCCUCUACCUGUUUAUCUAUUCAGUGUCGUCGCCUCGCUGCGGGAUAAAAGCUUUAAAGGGUAUCCCGUGAAGAAAUUAUUACUUCUCCUGUGGAAGACUCUUCUCGCGUGUUGUGGUGGCUCGAGGGAUCUUGCUCGCGUCAAGAAGUUAUCUCGCGAAGUGGUCGGACUUCCUGAUGAGAAGGAUGAACCGGUUCCGAUCAAAUCCUCACCCUUCGACUUGCAAAUUUUUCGUCAAGAGACAUCCGUCAAAUACCCUACUUUCUCCGCCACAUCCGAACCGAGCGCUUCAUCCUCAUCCCGCUUUUCAGACGUCAGCAGCGUUCGUUUAGCGGACGUUAGGAGAUCCAACUUGCAUAACAUCUCACCGAUCAAGCUUGCAGAAGCGUUCUCGCCAAUCCCGGUCCGACACCACUAUCAUCACGGGGAUGAGCCUGAUUUUCAGCAAUCGGGUCAUUCGCAACAGGGAAGCCAAGGCUCUUCAUCAGCGUUUUCAGGGAACCCAGCAUACAAUACGAAUCCUCAACCUAUGACGCCUAUGCCUACCCCACCUCCAUCACCUAAACCGAAGAAACAACAAUACCAGACGGAUCAGAAUAGACCGUUCCUGUUUCCGUUCUCUCGAAGUCAAGUGAGAGGUUCACGGGGCAAUCGUCUGGUACCGGAUGCCAUCGACGAGGCGGACCGUUUGUAUAACAAGCAUAUGCACAUUAGUGUGUCACUUAUGCAGAUGUGGCAAACUCGCGAAGAUUGUAUGAUUGAGGAAAGCGGGUUACAUCGAUUGUCGGGGAUUGAGAGCACGUUCAAGACUACGAAUGAUGCCGACGACACCGCUGAGGAGCUUCCUGAUAUCGCUCUGUUGAACUCGAAGAUUGCAGAGGUGGAAGCGGCGAUAAAGCAAACUGAGAAAAGCUCCGGAGGUGGACGAGCUCAAGUGAAGAAAUUGAAAGAGCUGCGGCAAAUGAGGGAGGAUCUCCUUCGGUUGAAACGCGCGGAACAGAUUUACAGCGCUGUUCUACCCCAUCUAUCUGGAUGGGUGUUAGUGUUGCUGAAGAUGCUAUUAGCGACUGUCUCUGCUGGCAAUCCCGGUCAGCCGCCACCUUCCGCUACGUCGAAUGCAUUCCCUCCUGGCGUUGGAAGUCCAGCCGAACAGCAACAGCCGCCUCCGUUUCCUGCAACUGCGGAUGAAAUUGACCUGCUACGCCACCGUGAGAUCAUGUCAAAAGCUGUCUCCGCGAUCCUACUUUUAACAUUGAGAUGGUUCAAGUCAUCGCAUGCGAUGAAAUUCCAUUACCUUGGACAAUUACUAUUGGAGUCGAAUUGCCUCCUACUCAUCCUUAAGAUGUUUACCCUGCAGGAGGUCUCUAAUACAGUUGUCUCCAAAGCGGAGAUACCUGAAAGCAACUUCUUCCAGUAUUGCCUCAGGUAUUCGAAGAAUCCACAGGCACAACGGCCCGAGGAUAAUCUGGUUGGUCCUCCAAGACAGUCAACAACUCGCUCAGGUGUCAAGGGAAGUAAGGGUGACGAAGAGAUUGAGCUCAUCACUGAAUUCUCGUGGCGGAAUUUCUUCUCGAGUAUCAACUUCGUACGAAUCAUGCAGAAGCUGUCCAAACAUAGAUCGCAUAGGAUCUGGUUACUUGUGCAGUACAAGAGCUCGGCGGUAUUGAAACGAAUAACGAAGGUUUCGCACCCGAUGCUGCAACUUUAUGUCUUGAAGUUGAUUAAGAGUCAAGUUCCGUACUGUGGGCGUAAAUGGCGACAAUCCAACAUGAAAUGUAUCACUACGAUUUAUUUGAAUUGCCGUCCUGAUCUCAGGGAUGAGUGGUUGACGGGUACGGAAGUCGACGAUGCACAGGAUGCUUUGGCACAAGAGCAAGCGUUACGCAAGCUUGUCAAAUUCUAUAACAACAAGCGGUACGGCGCAGCCAGCGCCCACGCAAUGGCGACUCGCGACAGCCACCGCAGAUCAUCCAGCCUCUCAGUGCCCUUAGGCGACUUACACGCCGGUCCAGAACUAUCAGCCAUGGCUCGACCAGUCGGUACACCCAACGUAGUCGAAGCAGAUGUCUUCCCACCCGCCCGCGCUCAAGCACCCGACCCAUCGAUUUUCUUACCAUACACCACGGAAGACAUCGCGUUCGAAGAAGAGUACGAAGAGUAUUUAUCGGAUUUAGGUAUGACGGAUGAUUAUUCGACUUCGUCGUCGAUGGGGACGGGUGCUUCUGAGGGUGGUGGAGUGUUGUUUGGUGGUACGUCGGCGUGGCAUAGGUUACCGCAUAUGGGUCCGGAGAUCGCGGAUGGGAUUUCGGAUAGUGAGAGUAUUGCGUCUAUUGGAGAGUUGGGAGACGAGGCGAAGUUUGAUCCUGGGAUGGACUCGGAUCGGGAUGAUGAGAAUAGGAAUAACUGGGAGCAUAUGAGCCCAAAGACGAUGGCUGCUCUACCAAAGUCGCCCGUAGGGCACCGACGCUCAAGCUCCGGAUCGAGUUUACGACCCGUCCUUCCCUUCGGACUGGACGACGCCAGUGCAGUCGAACUGGAGAACGAAGAAGACGAGGAUCAAGAAAUGGGUCCUAUGCCCCGAGACCAGAAUGGUCCUUUCGGUCAAGGUGGAGGAGUGGAUGAAGUCGAAUAUGCUUAUGGGUUGUAAUCCUCAAGCGAAAGCGCGCAAAGAAUCUAUAUUUUACGUACUACGCUCGACAUUGUCUGUCUAGUAGACAAUAUCAUGUCUUGAAAACGAA